GGGGCGGGGAUGGAAAUCAGGCAGGAGGUUAGAAAAGCUGGUGAGACGUCCACGUGGGAGUGCAGGGAUGGACCUCGAGGCAGGAAGACUGUCCCAGGUGACCAGGGGACGAGCCGCCGGGCCAUGAGCCCAGGAAUGCGGCAGCCUCCGGACGCCGGGACCCCAGCCGGCACCGCCAGGAAGGGCAAUCCGCCCGAUGCGGGUGUGCAGGAGCCAGGUGUUCCCCUGAACCUCCGGACAGGACGGCAGCCUCGGUCCCUUGACCUGGCCCCAGGGAGCCCAGAGCUGUGGGGAAGAUCCGGAACAUGGUGGCAGUGCUGGAAGUCAUCUCCAGCUUGGAGAAGUACCCAAUUACCAAAGAGGCCCUGGAGGAGACACGACUCGGGAAGCUCAUCAACGACGUCCGCAAGAAGACAAAGAACGAGGAGCUUGCCAAGAGGGCCAAGAAGCUGCUGCGGAGCUGGCAGAAGCUCAUCGAGCCUGUGCACCAGAAUGAGGCGGGGCUGCGCGGGCUGGUGGGUGCCACGGGUGCGGCCAAUGGGGGUGCACACAACUGCCGGCCGGAGGGCGUGGCAGCUGGCGGGCCCCCGGGCACCCAUGACCUGAAGAGCCGCCACGACGUCCAGAGGCUGCCUGGGCAGAGGCUCGACCGGAUGGGUGGCCGCAAGCGCCGGGGCGACCAGCGCCACCCCGGGCUGCCCCCCAAAGCCGUCAAGGCCGGCCACGAGCCCCUGGCCCCCAACUCCUCCCCCCUGCCCACCAACGGGAUCAGUGGGAGCCCUGAGAGCUUCCCAGGCCCCCUGGACGGCGGUGGGCAUCUGGGGCCCGAGGGCAGCCGCCUGGAGCCGGGCGAGGAGAAGCCCGGCAGCAAGAUCCCCGUCCAUGCCGUGCGGCCACACACCAGCUCGCCCCCCGGGCCGGGCAAGCCCCCCGCGCCCUGCCUGCAGACGAAGGCUGCGGCACUGCAGCAGCGGGACAGGGGGGAUGAGAGCCCAGGGCCCCCCCACCACCCCAGAGGGCCUCCCCGCUGCUCCUUCAGUCCCCGGAACUCACGGCCUGAGGGCCCCCUGGCCCGGCAGCAGAGCCCGUCCCUGCCCAAGGGCUCUGUGCCCAGCACCUCACCACGGCCCCAGCCGCUGGGCACACCACAGGUGCCGUCACCGCUCCCACUGGCCCACCCAUCCACGCCCCCCAUCCGGCGGCUGGAGCCGCCACCGAGCGCCGAGAGCCCAGGCCGCUGGCUGGACCAGCCCGAGGGCCAGCAGCGGCUGGGGGGGCUGGCCUGCAAGGUGGGGCUGCUCACAGACCCGCCGCGGGCCGGCUUCUCCCCGGACUCUAGGGCGGACAGCGACGCGGCCUCCUCGGGGGGCUCGGACAGCAAAAAGAAGAAGAGGUACCGGCCCCGCGACUAUACCGUGAACUUGGACGGCCAGGUGGCCGAGGCGGGGGUCAAGCCCGUCCGGUUAAAAGAGCGGAAACUCACCUUUGAUCCCAUGACGAGACAGAUCAAACCUCUGGCCCAGAAAGAGCCCGUGCAGGUGGCCAGCCCAGCGCCCUCAGAGCCGCCCCGGACAGAGCGGGACAGGCCGGAGGCCAAGGCUGGCCUGCAGAGCCCCUUCGAGCAGACAAACUGGAAAGAGUUGUCGCGCAACGAGAUCAUCCAGUCCUACCUGAGCCGCCAGAGCAGCCUGCUCUCGUCGUCAGGCGCCCAGACCCCGGGCGCCCACCACUUCAUGUCCGAGUACCUGAAGCAAGAGGAGAGCUCGCGGCGGGGCGCCAGCCAAACGCACGUGCUGGCGCCCCAUAGCCCACCCUCGCACCUCCCCGGGGUCACCCGGGAGGUCACGCAGGACGAUCUCGUCAGAAUCCAGGCCCACCCGUGGCCGGGGGUGAAUGGGUGUCGGGACACACAGGGUAACUGGUAUGACUGGACGCAGUGCAUAUCGCUGGACCCCCACGGUGACAACGGGCGGUUGAACAUUCUGCCUUACGUUUGCUGGGACUGACGGGCCCCACAGGGUGCUCCCCCUGCAGGGAGCCCAGUGGGGGACUGGGGGCAGGGAGGGAGGGAGGGGCGGGCACCCUGCCGUCUCGCCAGCCCUCCCCUCAGCAUCCUCCUCCUCUCGUGAAAUGCUGCUACCAGUUUACUAAUGGAAUCGCAAAGGAAGGACUGCGCGAAGGACGGCGAAGCAAGUUCAGAACUCCGGCAGGCCAGCUGCGGACAGCAUUUGUCCCCCUACCCCAGGAAAGGUGCAGACGGGUCCCAGCCCCGACCGCGGGGACCUCAGUUGCGGGCAGGCACAGAACACUCGUGGAAGACAAACAAAAGCACGCAUCUUAUUUAUUAGCGAUUUUCUGUUUUUUCAUUCGGCCCCUAGGCACCCGUGGGACAGUGGACACAGUCACAUCCGUGUCUGUGCCGGCCCAUUGCCGAGUCCCCGUCUGUCUCCCCAGGGUGCUGGCUGUCGCUCGGGCCGUGGUGGGGGAGGCCAGCUGCCCAGUUCACCCCACAUUCCAGGGGCAGCCACACAUUAUUAUCUGGUUUCAGUUAAAAUCUACUUUCUAAAGAAAUGCUGCAGAAAUUUAAGUUUUCAAGAGUUUAUUUUGUUCUCUCUUCCAUCUGACCACCAGCCGAUGCCUUCCCCUUGUUUCUCCCUUUUUUUGCCCUCCCCCUUUACUGCCCACAUCUGGAAAACGUCAGUCUUCUAGAGUUCCCCUCAAAACCACAAGUCACCGCGGGUGCUGCCGGUGCGUGCUGUGCCGCUGGGCGGGAGGGAGCCCCUGCCUGCAAGCUGGAGGCACUCAUGACCAUUCCUUUAGAUUCGUUUGCCUUAUGGUUGUUCGUCAUAAAUGCGAUUUGCAAAAACAAGGAGCCUUAGUGAAUGUACAGUACCUAGACUUCUGUCCCCAGGGUGCAGAAGGAGCAACUUUGCUAUUUGGUCCAGUAAGUGGACACCUUGUGAUAUAAAUGUGGAAAUAAAAUUAAAAAAAAAAAAACAAAAAAAAAACACAAAACAGUUUGCACAAACCCGUCUGCGACUCGUUUCUCCUCCGCACCUUUCCAGCCCAGCCGGCCAGUCACAAAAGGUGGGAAGGUGGGACCCUGCGGCAGGCGCUGGGGAGACGCUCCAGC